AGGGGAGUAUGGCCUAUGGUGUAAUCGCAGUAGAAGUUGCAAGAUGAAUCGGAUGCGCGUGGGGUUCCGUAUCUCCUCUGCCGCCGUGGCUGCGGCGGCGGAAAAGGGAGGAGUAUGGCGGAGGAGCAUGUCGACGGUGUCAAAGGCGAAAGAAAUAAUUGAAGGGAAGAAGGGCAAAAAUCGCAAAGCUACGAGCGAACUCUGCAACUACCUCGGCAUCCCUCAUCAGUCUCGUUCAGAGAUGGCGUUGACCCUCUCUAAGUUCAUGAAGCUCUACAAUGCCAGGAGUCCUGGUAUUAAGAAAGAUGAUAUCUGGGAGAAGAAUUUGAAUACUUUGUUACGUGGCAAAACUAGUAUUGGUUUUCCUGAGGUUGCUAGAAUUCUGUCUCCAGAAUUUGGCCAGCAGGGUGGAAUCAGCACCAAGGACAGUAGCAUGGAUUCUCACACGGACAACACAAAGGGGAAGGGUUCAAAAAAGAAAGGGAAAUCAUCAAAGAAGUAGGUUUUCGCAUAUCGUUUUUCUGUCCUCUUAGACCCCAAGUUAGAUAUUAAGAGUUGUGGUUUCUUAGUUUGCAUCACUAUCAUAAGUAGAAAAAUCCAAUGACAAAACUAGAGUUUUAACUAUUGAAACUAGUUUGGUUGUUCUAUAUGAGAAAACUAGUUUUCCUAUUAAGUGUCUUGUCCUUCGAAAUAAUAUUGUGUCUUUCCUGCUGCU